CACAUAAUUCGUCAAUUCUUAAGAAUUUCAGUAAUGUCGAUUCCAAAUCUCCUGAAAACCCUCAAAACAGUCAAAGGAAAUCGCCAAUCCAAUCCCUCAUCGAAACCACUCGUGGAAAUCAUUUCAACGAUCUUAGCUCCGGCGCCGUUCAAUUCCAAUGAGUCAUGCUUCAUCUCCCAACUCAAGCCCCAUGUUCUCACUUCCAUUCUCUCUAAUCCAAAUCUUAGAUCUUCAGAAUGCUUCCAUUUCUUCGAUUUUUGCCUAAAAAAUCAGCCUCUCAUGUCCUUCACGCCUGAUCUUCAGGCCCAUUUGACCGUCAUUUGCAGGCUUCUCAAGGCAAGGAUGUUCUCCGAUGCAGCAAGCCUUCUGAAAACUGUAUCGAUUGAUGGAAAUCUCCGCUACCCAUUUGCUAUUAUUGCUUCGACGGUGGAAAGUUGCUGUCAAGAAAGGAAGGUUAAGGUAAAAUUUUUCAAUUUCAUGCUUACUCUGUACUCGGAGUAUGGGUUCUUCGACUCUGUUUCUGAAACUUUUAGCUAUAUGAAGAACAAUGGGAUUAUGAUCGAUGAGCAGAGCUGUACUGUGCAUUUACUAUCGCUUAAAGGAUCUAAUCAGAUGCAUUUAGCUUUAGAUUUCUUCUACCGAAUGCUUAAAUCAAGAUUAGAGGUCUCUGUUUAUUCUUUAACCGUUGUAGUGGAUAUCCUGUGUUGGAAUGGAGAGAUUAAGAGAGGUAGAGAGUUGGUGGAGGAGACGUUGGGGAAGGGAAUUAAACCCAACAUUGUUACAUUCAAUGUGAUGGUUAGUGCUUGCGCUAAGAGAUGGAAUUUCGAGGAGUUGGAUUUGAUACUCCUUUUGAUGGAAAAAGAAGAAGUUCGUUUUGAUGCCAACACUUAUAAACUUUUAAUUGAUGGGUUCACGAGCUCGGGAAAGAAUGAGACGGCCAAGAACUUGGUGAUGAAGAUGCACGACGAGGGCUUGAAGGCAGAUCCCCAUUUGUAUAAUCUGAUUAUUAGAAGCUACUGUAAAGCAGGGGCGAUCCAGAGUGCAUGUUUAGUGUUCGACGAAAUGUCUGACAGAACUGUUGCCCCGAAUUCUGAUACAUAUUGGGCUCUAAUAGAUGGUCUGUGCAAGGUAGGAGAUAUGGGGCUUGCAGUAGAAUAUGUAAAUGGAAUGCAGAGCAAGGGAAUCAAAAUGGAUGAAGCAAUUUUCAACGCAUUGGCUGAUGGUUUUUGCGAAAGGGGAAUGGUUGAUGAAGCUAUUGAGCUGCAAAUAAUGAUGGAGAAGGAUGGGUAUCAAUUAAAUCCAUCGGUUUGUGAAAAGAUUGUGUUGGAAUUAUGCAAGUUGAAUCGGACUAAAGAAGCAACAAUGGUGUUAAGCAUCUUGGCUAAACGUGGGGCUGAUCUUCGCAGACUGAUUCCAACCACUUUGGAACUAAUUUGAAUUACUCUGAGGCCUGAACUGAUUCAUAAGUGGUCGAUGAACACAAACGAACUAAAUUGAAUUACUCUGCUGCCAGUCGCAGGCUUUCGAGCUCAAAUCUGGGUUCUGACCCUUGAUUUUUUUUUUCUCUCCUGUUUAAUGGUUCUAAGAAGCACCUACUUUCCUAGAGACCGGGGCGGGGAUAGACCAGAGUCAACACGCAAGCGCCAAGCUACAGGUCCUGUGGAGCUCAAUGGCUGCACAGAUAACUUUGUUACAAAUUAGGCUUCUUUUUUUGUUGAGAACUAAGCAGUAUUCUGUGCGGUAGGACAGGAAUGAUCAUAUUUGUCCUCUACAUUCAUCUAUCAUAAACAAAUUAGUGGAAUAUGUGUAUUUAUAUACUAAAAGGGACCGCUACAACCCGAAGCAAGUCAAUCACAAGGAA